UUCAUCUUUCCACCAUAUGUCAUUUUCAAUCGAUUAAAAAAUGCUAUUAAAUACCGAAAAAAUUGAAGAAAACGAUAAGAAAACAGAAAAGGGGCUUAAUUUUUUUCAAUCAUAUGCCACUCCAUAUAAUAGUUGUCUUAGAAGAAGGCAAAGCCUACUUUCUACAAAAAACAUAUAUUCAGGAGGGCAAAAUGUUUUGCAAAGACAAAGUUACCAUGGCUCUAGUUUAUUCCAAUUAAGAGGUGAAUAUGGCCGACUCAAAUUGAUGCAUUCCUAUUUUUCUAACCAAGGGCUCAACGCCUUGAGCGAAAGUACCGAAAACAUAAUAACAAACAAAAUAAUUUACCCUAAAAAUUAUAGAAACAACACAUCAAAUUUUGCCAAUAAAAGCCCUCUGAGAUCAUUUUCCAACAUUUCUCAUUAUAGAAACCCGUAUAGCAACGGUUCCACGAGGGACAAUUCUCCUGCCUUAUCCCCUCUCAAAUCUUCUCGAACUACGAAAUCUAUUCCCGUAAAUAGGUACUCAUCUGUAUUAUGUGAACUACAUGCUAAUUCGACUGGGCUAAACGUCGAGAAUUCAGAAAAGGGGGAUUCUGAAGAGGGAAUGCAUAAGAACUCGAUAUACGCUAAUAGAUUAUUCGUUGGUAAUUUGAGCUAUAGAGUUACAAUAAUGGAACUUCGCAAUAUGUUUUCUAAUUACGGUAAAAUCACGGAUAUCGCAUUGAUUAAAGAUAGAUUCGGCCUAUCCAAAGGGUACGGUCUUAUAACUUUUUCUAGUGGUGAAGAAAUCGGCAACUUAAUUCAAAACUUUAAAGAUUGUCUCUAUUUAGACAAUAGAAAGCUGAGAAUUCAAUUAGCUGAAAACAGAACUAUUGACGAAAAAAGAUAUGUCCUCCGCGAAAAUUAAUUGUUUAUUUUAAAAUAUUUUAUACUUUUUUGAAUAAUUGUCAAAUUUGUGUUCUAGCCAUGAAUGUAUAAUGAUUAUAUUUAAGGGAUUCUUAUUUGAUUAUUUAUAGCAUUUUUUCCACGUUUAUUCUCUUAUCUGGUCUCAUAUUUUAUUAAUUUACAAAAUGUUUCCGGUUUAUAUUACAUUCACAGUCCCUUGAAAACCAUUAUGUGCUGGUUACUCUGUUGAUACAAUUUAUAGCACCAAUUUUUUUAAAGAAU